CAAGUGUUGCAUGCUGAAGAGUCCCGGCGCUCAGUGAGAGAGCUUUAAAGGAUGUUAGGAUGAAGAUUGAAAACGAGGAGAAAUAAAGAUGAAGAUAAGAGUGUGCCAAGGGGUUAGUGGCAUCAUCAUCGUCACCAUGGUUACCAGUUUUAUGUUGGUGUACAACAGCAGCUCCAGCAACAGAUCAUCCUCCUCAUCUGCAUCAUCGGUGUCCUCCCACCGUUUAGAUGGCCUUGUGCAAUCCACAAAAAAGCCACAGAGACCGAAAAGACUUCCAACACCAACACUUGAAGGGUACACAGGUGUCAUGGAUCAUAAGCCUCUGAAGAUGCAUUGCAGGACUUGUGCCCUGGUGACCAGUUCCGGUCAGCUUACUGGGAGCAAGAGAGGCGAAGAAAUCGACCGCUCUGAGUGCGUUAUCCGAAUGAACGAUGCUCCCAGUGUAAGAUAUCAGCAAGAUGUUGGUCGACGCACAAGCCUGCGUGUUGUAGCUCACUCCAGCCUGCAGAGGGUGCUGCGAAGCCGGCAGGAGCUGCUCAACGCGAGCCAAGACACCGUGUUCAUCUUCUGGGGACCCAGCAGCUGCAUGAGACGGGAUGGAAAAGGCCACGUUUACAACAACCUCCGGCUGUUAAACCAACUUCUGCCCAAGCUUAAAGUCUACAUCAUUUCUCGAAUCAAAAUGCUGAAGUUUGAUGAACUAUUUAAAAAGGAAACAGGGAUUGAUAGGAAGAGUUCCAACUCCUGGCUGAGUACCGGCUGGUUCACCAUGGCCAUAGCCCUGGAGCUGUGUGACAGGAUCAAUGUUUAUGGCAUGGUGCCACCUGAUUUCUGCAGAUCCUCCUCUCAUCCCUCUUUGCCGUAUCAUUACUAUGAGCCCGCGGGGCCUGAUGAGUGCACGAUGUAUCUCUCCCACGAGAGGAGCCGUCGAGGAAGCCACCACCGCUUCAUCACCGAGAAGACAGUGUUUGCAAACUGGGCUCGAACCCUCGACAUCCACUUUCACCAGCCAGACUGGAAACCAGCUGCUGUCGCCACCAGCAUGAACAGCUCAUACGCUCCGGUUCCAGCUGGAUCCUGA